ACAUGCUACACUAAGUAUGUUGUCUAAUGCCACGGACGAGUCUUGCAUCCCUUAGAAAUCCACUCGAAUCCUUGAAAGUGAUUGCGCAGCUGUGCGGUGUGUGAAUGUGAUCUCGUGGUCUGAAUAGAGUAAUUGCAGCCUUAGGCGGAAAUGUUUGCGUGGUUUGCAUCGGCAGUAUAUCCUCUCUUCCCGACGUGCCGACAUCAUCCAAUCAACAAUCCAAAGCCCAACAAAUCGAGUACCAAUUGCCUUUGAACCACCCAAUGCGGCACGUCGCGCGAUCCCUCUGGCGCCCUUAUGUCUGCCCGUCGUGUCGACGUGGCUUGCAACCAAGAGGGCGACGGGGCUUCUCCAGCGCCAUUGGAGAAACCCCCGACAUUUAUGAUGUCGUUUGCGUUGGAGGGGGUCCCGCUGGCCUUGCUCUAGUAGCAGCUCUUCGAGCUUCACCGAUCACCUCAAAACUCAGAAUAGCUCUUGUCGAAAGUCAGGACCUCGCCAAAUCGCGUAGCUGGGCAUUGAGCCCAGAUGAAUACUCCAACCGAUGCAGCAGCCUGACGCCGACAUCUGUCUCUUUUUUGCAGAAUAUCGGAGCAUGGAAACAUGUCGACAAUACUCGUGUCCAACAGUACCAUGAAAUGCAAGUCUGGGACGGACAAACUGGAUCGAAAAUCUCCUUUGACUGGUCAAUUGACACAUCGCCCUUUGAGGACGUCCGCUCAGUUGCCACGAUGACAGAAAAUGCGAAUCUUGUGCGGGGAUUGCUGUCCAGAAUCGCAGAGCUGGAUCACGACAAUAGCCAUCUAUCAAUAUUCUCCAACACCACCGUCUCGUCCAUAGAAAAUGGCCCUCCUGGUGCUCAAGAUGGCCCGGACUUGUCGGCCUGGCCGGUUCUGUCGCUCUCAAAUUCUACUGCUAUUUCUACGCCACAGAAACCAAUCGCGGCGCGACUACUCGUCGGCGCUGAUGGUAUCAAUAGCCCUGUUCGCUCGUUUGCAGAUAUCACGGCUAAUGGAUGGGAUUACGGGCGCCAUGGCGUUGUCGCUACUCUAUCACUCGCGGGCGAUUCUACAUACUCCUCUUCCUCCCCUUUUUUUCCCGCAGGCAGUCGAACAGCAUACCAGAGAUUCCUCCCCUCUCUCGGUGGGCCCAUUGCCAUUCUGCCGCUUCCCAAUAAUCACGCGUCUCUGGUCUGGUCUACCAAGAUCGAGAACGCAGCAUAUCUCAAAUCACUACCGCAAGAAGCAUUUAUAGCCAUGAUCAACGCUGCUUUCCGUCUCUCAAUGACCGACUUGACAUACAUGCUCGGCCUGGACCCAACUGCUACUUCGCCUGACAGCAAACCUACGUCUUCUGGAAGCCUUCUAACACAACACGAGGAUGAGCUCAACUGGCGACUCCAACACACUCCGCUCCCGUCAUCUCUCCCACCUCUUGUAACAGCCGUCCAAAAUAAGAGUAUCGCAUCCUUCCCUCUCCGCUUCCGCCAUGCCUCAUCCUACAUAUCCCCGCGCGUAGCUCUCAUCGGGGACGCAGCACACGUCAUCCACCCAUUAGCAGGGCAAGGACUGAACCUGGGCAUGGGGGAUGUGGCAUCAUUAGCCAACACGAUUGAGUACGCGGUCAACCACGGCAUGGAUAUCGGCGAUCACCUAAGUCUAGAGAAAUAUAUGGCCGAGCGAUACCUUACGAAUACCAAGAUUGGUGGCAUGUGCGAUGUCCUGCAUAAACUGUAUAACGUUCCCGGGAACGGACCAGUGACGUGGGCGCGGAGUCUGGGGUUGGAUGCAAUUGAGAGGUUGCCCUGGGUGAAGGGGUUCAUUAUGAAGCAGGCAGAAUAAUGCCUUAUAUUACAUUAUUACCGGACAAUCAUCGACGAGGUCGAUAUGUACAUGUACUCAUUGAUUAUCAUCCCUUUAGGUAGACGAGUGUAUAAUUAUGUAUUUUAGUGCCGCAAACAAGCAAAAAAUGAAAUUGAAUAAGGUAUCAUUGAAUCUAUUGCCGGCCUUGGUAAUGUAAUGCGAAGUAAUGCAUGCUUUUACUUUGUGAAUAUAAUCUAUCCACCG